AUGUAUCUCCCGCCCACGAUUAUAAGGCUAUCUGUGUGUGAUACCAGUGACAUGGAAAAUCAGGUGCCUUUACCUCCGGUGAAUAUGACUGAAUAUUGGCUUAUUAGUGCGCCUGGCGAUAAGACCUGCCAGCAGACCUGGGACAGCCUUAAUAAUGCCACCAAAUCGGGCAACCUUAGUGUCAACUACAAAUUUCCUAUACCUGACCUAAAGGUCGGGACAUUGGAUCAGUUGGUGGGGCUGUCAGAUGACCUCGGAAAGCUUGACACCUUCGUUGAAGGUGUCACAAGAAAGGUGGCUCAGUACCUUGGAGAGGUGCUUGAAGAUCAACGUGACAAGCUCCAUGAGAACCUGAUGGCCAACAAUAGCGACCUACCUACUUACCUUACCCGUUUCCAAUGGGAUAUGGCCAAGUACCCAAUCAAGCAGAGCCUUCGGAACAUUGCCGAUAUAAUCAGUAAACAGGUGGGUCAGAUCGAUGCGGACUUGAAAGUCAAGUCAAACGCCUACAACGCUCUCAAAGGCAACCUCCAGAACUUGGAAAAGAAACAAACUGGAAGCUUGCUAACACGUAACUUAGCUGAUUUGGUGAAGAAGGAGCACUUUAUACUGGACAGCGAGUACUUGACCACGCUACUUGUGAUUGUGCCUAAGGCUUUGUUCAACGACUGGAACGCCAACUAUGAGAAGAUCACCAACAUGAUCGUUCCUCGGUCCACCCAGCUCAUACACCAGGAUAAUGAUUAUGGACUGUUCACCGUCACACUCUUCAAGAAGGUGGUGGAGGAGUUUAAACUGCACGCCCGCGAGCGUAAGUUCGUCGUGCGCGAGUUUUCGUACAAUGAAGCCGAUCUCGCCGCGGGCAAGAACGAGAUCACCAAGCUCGUCACCGAUAAGAAGAAGCAGUUCGGUCCUUUGGUGCGAUGGUUGAAAGUGAACUUCUCAGAGUGCUUCUGUGCCUGGAUUCAUGUUAAAGCUCUGCGAGUGUUCGUUGAAUCUGUACUGAGGUACGGUCUGCCGGUGAACUUCCAGGCGGCACUGCUGGUGCCGUCACGCAAGAGCAUGAAGAAGCUGCGCGACGUGCUGCAGCAGCUCUACGCGCACCUCGACCACUCCGCGCACCAGCACUCGCAGGCCGCAGAGAACGUGGAGUUGGCGGGUCUUGGCUUUGGCAACUCCGAGUACUAUCCUGCGUUGUGUAUAGGUAAUGUUACCAGGUCGCGUUGCCCAGACGACAUCGUGUUGAGCAAUAGUCGCAAUGUUACAUUGUACAAUUUACUUUAUUCCCAGUUAUAA